GUUGCAGAGUGCAGUCGAUCUCAGAAAGGCGCCUUCCGACGCGAUAGAUUUGAUUGAUCGAACGAUGCGUGUGGGUGCCUGACCAGUUUGUGCAGAUGUCCCCCGACGCACCAGGAGCAGUUGGCCAUGCAGCCUUGCCUCCCUUCCCCUCCUCUUCUUCCUCCUCUUUGUCUUCCUUCUCCAGCCCUCGUCGUCGGCGAAAAACCGAGUCCGCGGUGAACCAGCCCAUCCAUGUCUUGCUGGACGAUUCACCGUCCAUUUCUCUCUGUCGCCGUUCCAUUGUGAAUCGCGCCAGGACCGUCACCUUCAGCUCCGGAGCCAACAACCAAUACCAGCACCAGCACCAGCACCAGCACCAGCAGUACCAGCAGCAACCGGGUGUUUCGAGCCCAACCUUGACCGAUUCUUUCGCCUCCCCACAACGACCUGGACCGAACGCCGCCGCGGGUCAUCCGCCGAGUCGUAG